AUGAGACAAGGCGCUACAUUCAUUGUGAAGCCAUUGCACGAUCCUAGUGGAGAGUUUGCCAUAGUUAUGUACGACCCCACGGUUGAUGAUGUCGAUGAGCCGUCAAAGGAGGAAGAAAAGGCCCCGGAGGCAAAGUUGGAGGAGCCACUGGAACACAAGAGCUUGGCGGAUAUACUUGGACUCAAGAAGAAGGUCGAAGACCGACCAAAGGUUCCAGUCGUAAUAGACCCACGACUGGCGAAGGUCCUUCGACCACAUCAAGUGGAGGGUGUAAAGUUCCUCUAUCGUUGUACAACUGGAAUGGUCGACAAGAAUGCAAAUGGGUGUAUUAUGGCAGAUGGUAUGGGAUUGGGCAAGACACAAUCUCCAGAGGCAGGAAAAACAACUAUACAGAAGUGCAUCAUUGCCUGCCCCUCUAGUUUGGUCGGAAAUUGGGCCAAUGAACUUGUUAAAUGGCUGGGCAAGGAUGCUAUCAUCCCAUUUGCAGUUGAUGGCAAAGCCUCGAAAACAGAGCUUAUCACUCAGAUGAAGCAAUGGGCCAUCUCUUCGGGGCGGUCUAUUGUCAGACCAGUACUUAUCAUAUCAUAUGAAACCCUCCGCCUGUAUGUUGACACGUUGAGAGACAGUCCCAUCGGCUUGCUUCUGUGCGAUGAAGGCCAUCGUUUGAAGAAUAAAGAAAGCUUGACGUGGACUGCGCUCAACAGCUUGAAUGUACAGCGUCGGGUGAUCUUAUCCGGCACACCCAUUCAGAAUGAUCUCUCGGAAUACUUUGCUCUUCUUCAUUUUGCCAACCCCAAUCUGCUAGGGUCUCAGAAUGAAUUCCGGAAGAGGUUCGAACUUCCCAUCCUCAGGGGAAGAGACGCAGCAGGGACAGAAGAAGACCUGAAGAAAGGCAACGAACGUCUGACCGAACUUUCCGGUAUCGUGAAUAAGUUCAUUAUUCGCCGAACCAACGACAUCUUGUCCAAGUAUUUGCCAGUCAAAUACGAGCAUGUGGUUUUCUGCAACCUAUCACAGUUCCAAUUAGACCUUUACAACCACUUUAUCCAGAGCCCUGAAAUCAGAAGCCUACUCAGAGGCAAGGGGAGCCAGCCCCUAAAAGCCAUUGGUCUUUUGAAGAAACUUUGCAACCACCCAGAUCUUCUCAACCUCUCGACUGAUCUUCCUGGAUGCGAAUUCGCCUUCCCAGAUGAUUACGUCCCACCGGAAGGGAGAGGCCGUGAUAGAGACAUCAAGUCUUGGUACUCAGGAAAGAUGAUGGUCUUGGAUCGGAUGUUAGCACGCAUCCGUCAAGACACUAACGAUAAAAUUGUCUUGAUUAGCAACUAUACUCAAACACUGGACCUAUUCGAGAAACUGUGCAGAUCCCGGGGGUACGGCUCAUUGCGGCUGGACGGCACCAUGACGGUGAACAAACGGCAGAAGCUGGUUGAUAAGUUCAAUGACCCUGACGGAGCCGAGUUUGUCUUCCUGCUCAGUAGUAAGGCUGGUGGCUGCGGUCUGAACCUGAUAGGCGCCAACCGCCUCGUCCUGUUCGAUCCAGAUUGGAACCCCGCUGCUGACCAGCAAGCGCUGGCACGAGUUUGGCGUGAUGGCCAGAAGAAGGAUUGCUUCGUCUACCGGUUCAUUGCGACCGGCUCGAUCGAAGAGAAGAUCUUCCAGCGCCAGUCCCACAAGCAAUUGCUUUCGUCUUGCGUUGUGGAUGCGGCCGAAGACGUCGAACGGCACUUUUCUCUGGAAUCCCUCCGCGAACUAUUCCAGUUCAAACCAGAGACUCGAAGCGAUACACAUGAUACGUUCAAAUGCAAGAGAUGCCGACCAGAUGGGACACAAUACAUCAAGGCGCCCGCCAUGUUGUACGGUGAUACCAGUACUUGGAAUCAUUUUGUGAAUGAUGGAGAGCAGGGCCUCCUCAGUAAGAUUCAGGACUUGCUCAUUCGUCAGGAAACAGGGGAACAUGACGUGUCUGCUGUCUUCCAGCUCGAGAAAGUUGUCCGCGAUGCCGCAUUCAGGGGAGAACACGAGGAUAUCCAGAAAAUCGUCGACCAGCUUUGUCAUGACUAUGCCUACGCCGUACAUCAGCCCCACGCGAGAAACGGAGGUCUCAUCGGUCUCGCUGCCGCUUCCAUAGCGCUAGGAUCCGAAGGCGUUGCUCCCUAUUUAAAAGAAAUCGUACCACCGGUGCUUGCUUGCUUUUCCGACCAAGAUGCCCGGGUUAGAUACUAUGCUUGCGAAAGCAUGUACAACAUCGCCAAAGUGGCCAAGGGAGAGAUAUUACUUUUCUUCAACGAUAUAUUUGAUGCCUUGAGCAAGCUGGCUUCGGAUUCAGAACUUUCGGUCAAGAACGGCGCAGAACUUCUCGAUAGACUCGUCAAAGACAUCGUAUCGGAGUCCGCCGCUUCCCAUGUGUCCGUCUUACAAAUUGCCGAGAAGCAGACAACUGACCCCGAGGGUUUAGAGGAUGUCGAUCUUCCCACGGCCUUCUCGCUCCCGAAAUUCAUACCCUUGCUUAAAGAGCGAAUCCACGUCAUCAGUGCAUUCACCCGCACAUUCCUUGUGUCAUGGCUGACUCUGCUGGACACGAUUCCCGACCUGGAGUUGAUCUCCUAUUUGCCAGAAUUUCUGGGCGGGUUGAUCAAGUUUCUUGGUGACCCCAAUAGGGACGUCAAUGUCGCCACCCAAGCGCUCCUUGAUAGGUUCUUGUCGGAAAUCAAGAGGAUUGCACGGCUCAAGAAAGGUAUUGAGGAAAGCCGGAAAAGCCAGGGGAGCGACAACAGGCAAUCGACCAUAAGCGACGCUCUUAGCGUUACGACGACCACAGAUCAGACCCUAGCUGCUGAGUCCGAGGUGACCGAUAAUGCGAUAGAAGACUCCGAGGCCGGAUCUGUCACCGAUGACGACGGCUUGCAUGUCGACGGAGACUGGAUCCCGGGGCAAGAUGUUCAGAUCGAUUAUGCGAAGAUCCUAGAUAUCCUCGUUGGCUUUGUUGACACGUCUUUCGUGGAGGAGAUGCAGCUAACUGCACUGCGCUGGAUCGAUAAUUUCUUCGAGAUCAGCCCGGAAGACAUUCUUCCUUUCGUGCCUCGUCUCCUGACGCAGGCCGCAAAUCGGGUCAACACGUCUCUGAUGGAGUAUAUUGUCACUCUAUCUGAAGAUGCAACGGAUGAGAGCCGACAAGUCCCUUUGGCGAAGUCAUAUACUUCGACCAGCAAAGAAGAACGAAGGGCGUCCACACCGGGGAGUAAAGCCCCGGAGACCCCUUCGGGUGAGCCGAAAAAGCAAUUGUCUCAGCCAGAAUCAACGGACCAAACGCCGCGAAGCAGCAUCUCAACACCCAUCCCUCCUGCGGACCUCGAUUAUGCCGCCGCCGUUAGCUCACUUACCCUGCAGUUCCUGAAUGAGAACGAAGCCACCAGGGUAGCUGCUCUUUCGUGGCUCAUAAUGUUACACCGAAAGGCCCCCAAGAAGGUCAUCGCAUUCAACGAUGGAACCUUUCCUGCGUUGUUGAAGACAUUGUCCGACCCCGCAGAAGCUGUGGUUACCAAGGACCUUCAGCUUCUGUCGCAGAUUUCGAGAAACAGCGAGGACAGUUACUUCAAGUCAUUCAUGGUGAAUCUUUUGCAGCUCUUUUCCACGGACAGGCAUUUACUGGAGGUCCGGGGGAACCUCAUCAUCCGCCAACUUUGUAUGAACCUAAGCCCAGAGCGUAUCUAUCGAACGCUGGCGGAUUGUCUCGAAAAAGAAGAGGUGAGCGCUAAAACGGAUGACAUCUGCCGUUUUUAUGCUAACUCCCCCCAGGACAUCGAGUUUGCCAGCAUCAUGGUACAAAAUCUGAACAACAACCUGAUCACUGCACCUGAACUCUCGGAACUUAGGAAGCGGCUAAGGAACCUGGACUCCAAGGAUGGCCAGAUGUUCUUCGUAGCAUUGUUUCGAUCGUGGUGCCACAAUGCUGUCUCUACCUUCUCCCUAUGUCUACUUGCACAAGCUUACGAGCAAGCCUAUAACCUCCUUCAAGUGUUCGCUGAGCUCGAAAUGACAGUCAACAUGUUAAUUCAAAUCGACAAGCUGGUUCAACUCCUCGAAUCCCCCGUCUUCACCUACCUCCGCCUCCAGCUCCUCGAACCAGAACGGUACCCCUUCCUCUACAAAUGCCUCUACGGCGUCCUCAUGCUCCUCCCGCAAAGCUCCGCCUUCGCCGCCCUCAAGAACCGCCUAAACAGCGUCAGUAGCAUCGGCCUCCUCCACACCGGUCCCCGACUAACCGCCACAUCCUCCACAACCUCAACCAACAACUCCUCCUCCUACGACCGCACCUCCAACAGCCGCCUCAAACGCGACGACCCCCCCAUCCGCUGGGUCGACCUCCUCGACAAAUUCAAGUCUACGCAAGAGCGAGCCCGUCGCUCCCAACGCGCCUCCCAACGGCCUCUCGACCUGGACCCUGCUUCCGGGCCCUCCUCCUCCCUCUCCGACCCCACUCGAAACACCAGAGAUCUUGCUGUAUUUCUGCCAUGGGAUAUGGGGAUAAAGAACGGAUCGAAAAAGGAAACGGCGAGAAAGAAGUACAGUACAUAG